GUUUCCGAAAGUAAGGACGUAUAUGCGAGCACAAUAAUAUACUCUUGGAAAGGAAGGGACUUUUCGAAAGAUACCUCGGGAAAGUUUUUAAAAAGUGUAUGAACUGUCUUCAUAAAGAUAAAAAUACAUACUGGUAUUGUGAACAGGAAAUAUUGCCGAGAACAUAAAAACUUCAGUGAAUUUUAAAGAAGUGUUACUGUAUGCUCAACAGAAGGAGGCAUUGAACAUAACUAAGAGAGAAAGAACACGAUACACACUCCACUGCUUUGCAAAGCGAAAAAAACUGUACACGUGUAAGAAAACCGAGCGCGUUACUUAGGGUAACUCGGUGCAAGAGCAAGAGAAACAAGAUAAGAGGAGGGAAUGGACAUAACGAAGUGCAUAAUCGAGAGAAACAAAAUAUUUGAAAGCGAAUAACUGCACAGGUGCGCGAUAACAGAGUGCGUCUCCAGGAGUAAAGCCUCCCUCGCACUCUCACUCUCCCUCUUAAUGGCGCUACAAAGCCUGAGCUCAGACUCCGGCCAUGCACGUCCGCCACUGCUGACACGUCCCCUCUCUCUCGGCCCCCACCGCCUCGCCCACUAACUGGUAGGAGAGCGUGACAUUCGAGAAAGGAGAGCGGCAGCAGGUGAGACAGCUUCGCCCUCCCCUCCCACUCACUCUCCGCCCGGCCAGCUGCUCGCCCAUCCCUCCAAGAGCCGAGAUAAUGAGGAGCUGGGGAGCGUGGGCCCUCGUGCAGCCUCUCACGCCGGCGGCCUCGGCCAGGAUGCUGCUGCACGUGGUCGUCCUCGCCCUCGCCGCCUCCGCCACCAGGAGCCGCGCCGCCCGCUCCGAGGGUCCCGACGACAACUACCCCGAACUGACAGCUGUGCCAUACUUCAUGUCUCCGGGUUCAAGAAAUAUCACGGUGGCAGUUGGACAGACGGCGUAUCUGCACUGCCGCGUCGCCCAGCUUAUCGAUACUGCGAAGGUGUCCUGGAUAAGGAAGAAGGACCUGCACGUGCUGUCCUCGGGCCUCGUGGUGUUCGCCUCCGACCAGCGGUUCCAGGUGAACCACCCUGAGAAAUCCGAGAACUGGACUCUGCAGAUCAAGUACGCUCAGCUGAGAGACAGUGGGAUUUACGAGUGUCAGGUCAACACGGAGCCAAAGAUUUUCAUGGGAUACACGUUGAAUGUCGUGGAAUCCAAAGCAACAAUUUUGGGCCCGGAAUAUGUGAAGACUGGAAGUACGAUAAACCUUACAUGCGUCAUCAACCAAGCCCACAUGUCAGGCCUCGUCUACUGGUACCACAACAGGGACAUCCUCGCCUACGAAGGCCCGGUCACGAUCAGCACGCGGGAGGAGCGGCAGCGGACCGUGUCGCACCUGACCAUCCGGGAGGCGUCGCCCAAGAACUCGGGAAAUUACACCUGCUGACCCACAUCGGCGCGCCCUUCCUCCGUCGUCAUCAACGUGGU